UGUCAGAACGUUGUGUUUACAAUCGUCUCAUGCAUAUAUCAUUAUUCAUUAUUUAUAAGUGACGAAAUUAGUCGAAAAACAUGGGACGAAGUCGAUCAUCCUCGCCUCGACGUAGAGACAGAUCCAGAGAUCGUUCGCGAGAUCGAGAGCGUGAUAGGGACCGACGGAGAAGACGCUCGAGGGAAAGACGAAGAAGAUCGGUCGAUAGAGAUCGAGGGAAAUCAAGGGAUCACGAGAGAAAUAGGGAGAGGGAGAGGCACAGAAGAUCAUACUCACGAUCCAGGUCGAGGUCCAGGGACAGGGAUCGCCCAAAACCGAAACAUAAACCAGCCACUGCGGAGAGGCCUGAAUUGACAGAGGCUGAUCUACAGGGAAAAACUCCAGAAGAGCAAGAGAUGAUGAAAUUGAUGGGAUUCUGUGGAUUCGACACGACAAAAGGAAAAAAAGUUGAUGGCAAUGAUGUUGGAGGAGUUCAUGUCAUCUUAAAACGAAAAUACAGACAGUACAUGAAUCGGAAGGGUGGAUUCAACCGUCCACUCGACUUCGUUGCCUAAACUUUUUUAUUUGAAAUACGACUGACUUCGCGUUUUGGUUUCUUCGGGGGCGGCGCAUAGUUCUCUUCCGGGACACUGGAGUCAUCGUCUGGUAGAUCAAGGUGAUCCUGGGUCUCGUUAUGUCUCGUUGUGUUCUGAGUCAUUGUGAUCAUCUGAACAGAAAUUAACAUUUCAUGGUAAAAAAAUAAAUGAGAAAAAUUGAAUUCAA